AUGGCUUGGUCCAAGUCGACCCGGAUCAGCGUUAUGCUGGUCCUAGACAUUGUCUUCUUUCUCCUCGAGCUGAUUGUUGGCAUGCUCGUCAAAUCGCUUGCCCUUCUUGCUGAUGCCUUUCACAUGCUCAACGAUAUCAUUUCGCUCUGCGUCGGGCUCUGGGCCGUUGCCGUGGCGAGCAAAGCCACGACCGACAAGUUCUCCUACGGGUGGCUACGAGCCGAGAUCCUCGGUGCAUUCUUCAAUGCCGUGUUCCUCAUUGCGCUUUGCAUCUCCAUCAUUCUAGAGGCCAUCACGAGAUUUUUCGAUCCGCCCGACAUUGAUAACCCGAAGCUUAUCCUCAUUGUCGGUUCUGUCGGUCUUGCUUCCAAUCUGGUUGGUUUCAUAAUCCUUGGUGGACAUGGCCAUGAUCACGGACACGAUGAUCACGACCACGGCCACGACCAUGAAGAGCAUGGACAAGAAGAACACGACCACCCGCAUUCUCACGACCACGCUGCUGAGGAGGGUCGUGCUACCUCGGUCCAUCGGCACGCCGCCGGAUAUGAGGAUGGAGGCUCGCCUGUAACCACGGUCGGAGGCCCUGCCACUCUGGAGCCGUCGACACCACCCCGGCGCAUCCGCUUUAGCACGGAAGAUACACCCAACAGCCGCGGCUCGGCUUCUUCGCGGGCACGGGACCGUUCCCGUCGCAGGGCCGCCAGCUUGCGACAGUCGCGUCUUCCGAGCAUCGACGAUAUGAAUUUCUACCCCUCGAGCUUCCGACAGGAUAUCAUUGAUGCCAGCCGGUCGAGGACGGCCGAUGCCGAAGAAGCUGACGAGGACGUCGACGUGUCGGGUUCCCAGAACAUGCGGGACAGCGAGCCGGCCGAGGAUACCCCGCUCCUCAAGCCCGACGGCGAGGAUGCCAGGUAUCAUCUACCUGCUAUGGGACGUCCCAGGAGAGAUUCGAGUGUGCACGGCGAGCAUAACCACAGGAAGCCACGGGAAGGCAAGAAGAGCCUUGGGCACAGCCAUGGCGACAUGGGCCUGAACGGCCUGAUUCUCCACGUCCUCGGCGACGCGCUUGGCAAUGUCGGCGUCAUCGCCACCGCCCUUAUCAUCUGGCUGACUGACUGGCCGGGCAAGAUGUAUGCCGACCCGGCCGUCUCGCUCUUCAUCACCCUCAUCAUCCUGAAGUCGGCCGUCCCCCUGACGGUGGCCACGUCCAAGAUCCUCCUCCAAGCCACCCCGGACCACAUCGACCUGAACGAGAUCCGCGAGGACAUUCAGAAUCUCCCCGGCGUCAUGAGCUGCCACCACGUCCACGUCUGGCAACUCUCCGACACCAGGGUCGUCGCCUCGAUGCACGUCCAGGUCAGCUUCCCCAUCACCGCCGAGGGAGGGGAGAAGUACAUGGAGCUCGCCAAGCGGGCGCGCCAGUGCCUCCACGCCUACGGCAUCCACAGCGCCACCAUCCAGCCCGAGUUCCGCCUCGAUGACGAACAACACGCUUGCGUCGUCGACGAGGCUCCCGCUCCGGGGGACGACCCCGCCGCGUGGGACGCUGCCCGCAAUAAUUCCCUCUGUCUCCUCGAAUGCGUGGACGAGUGCGUCGGGAAGGGCUGCUGUUCGACCGGCACUACCAUUGCCGGGUCGAGCCCCCCUAGCCAGCCCAGCCAUGGUCCGGACUCGCCGACACAUUCACAUUAG